UCGGAACGACGGUCACCGGGGGGUGUUACUAAAGGACUUGCUGUGGAGAGCUGCUGCAUCUUACACACAGAAUGAGUUCUAUGCUGUAAUGGAAGAGCUUAAGGGCCUUAAUCUGCCAGCCUAUGAGUACCUUUCGAAGGUUGACCCUGCAACUUGGUGUAGGGAUGGUUCAACACAUAUGCAAAGUGUGACCUCUUACACAACAAUUUGGCCGAGUGCUUCAAUUCUUGGAUCACCAAGUUCAGAGAUAAGACCAUACUGGUAAUGUUGGAAGGCAUUAGGACAAGUUUGAUGAGAAGGUACCAGCGGAAAAGAGAAAUUAUAGCUGCGAUGGAAGGCAAUGUUGGGCCAAAAAUUAAGGAGAAGUUGGAGAUAGAAGAAGAUGAGGCCGGACAUUGUACACCAACAUUUGCUGGUGAUGGUUUAUUUGAGGUCGAGUGCAGGGGUAGAAGGUAUGCUGUGAAUUUACCUGCCAAGACAUGUGGGUGCAGAAAGUGGGAUGUUUCUGGUAUCCCAUGUGCUCAUGCCAUCUCAUCAAUAUGGCAUGGUGGAGGCAACCCUGAGGAUUAUCUGAGCCCAUACUUUGGCAAGGAGAUGUACCUAAAGGCAUACACACCCAUCAUCUACCCUGUACCCAGUGAGGAGCAGUGGGCUAGGACAAAUCAACCCAUCAUUGAACCACCUAAGGCAAGGGCAUCUUCGGGAAGACCUAAAAAACUGAGGAACAGAGGGGCUGAUGAGACCUUAAAUCCCUACACAGUUAGAAAGGGUGGUACGAAGAACCAAUGUAGGAUGUGCAAAAAAUAUGGUCACAAUACUAGAACAUGCACUGCGAGGAUGCGACAUGAUGAAAGACAAGAACGUAGGCGGAAUUUCUAUAGAAAACAUGCAGCAGAUCUUGACUGCAAUCUUGACAGGUUGGAUGGUUCAUCCAGUGCCCCAUCUGUGGCCCAAUCUACUGCAUCAAUGCCAAGUGCCCCAUCCAGUGCCACAUCCAGCGCCCCAUGUGUUGGUAAUCCUACUCACCCAACAGGAAGUAGGGGGCAAAAGAGGAGAAGAGAAGAUGAUUCAAACAGUGCGUCUGGACAAGGUCAGGGAAGGGGUGCAAGCAGUGCAUCUACACAAAGUCGAGGUCAAAGGAGCACAAGAGGAAGGGGUGCAAGCAGUGAAGGGGAAGGACAAGGUCAGGGUGAAGGCAUUGCAACUGCACAAGGUAGAGGGCAAAAUACGACAAGAGGAAGGGGUGAAAGCAGUACAACUACUGCACAAGGUCGAGGUCAAAGGAGCACAAGAGGAAUGGGUGCAAGCAGUCAGGGUGAAGGCAUUGCUACUGCACAAGGUAGGGGGCAAAAGAGCAAUCUCGGGUUGGCCACCAGGACAAGAAUAUUUGGCAGGUUGAGAACUUCUGUUUUACAAACAGGAAUGCACAAGAGCAAAUGA